AUGGCGACACGAAACCUGCAUCCUGUCGCUUCUCCUUCUCAAGCAUCCCCUGUCAGUCUAGAAGAUGUUCCAAGCUCCUCAUGGCUUACAUCCCAAAGCAUCUAUGACGUCGAAAGGCGCGGUAUAUUUUCUCGGGAAUGGUUGAUGAUUAGCCACAAAUCUCGGUUUAAUGAAGUCGGCCGAUGGGCGCAAUUUGACCUUGCAGGCUAUCCUAUCCUGAUCGUGCGAGAUCGCACUGGAAGUAUUAACGCAUUUCACAAUGUCUGUAGACAUCGUGCUUACAAUGUCGUGGAUGGCGACCAGGGCAAGGCAAGCAUACUUUCUUGCAAAUACCACGGGUGGUCGUACGGUCUCAAUGGAAAGCUUGCGAAAGCCCCUGGCUACCAAGAGUUGCCUGAAUUCCAGAAGGAGAAGAACGGUCUCUUUGCGGUGCAUGUGAGACUGGACUCUAUGGGAUUCGUUUGGGUUAAUAUGGAUGGGCAAGACGUGCCAGAAGUCGCGUGGAAGGACGAACCUCAGAGCUUGUACCCGAUUUCACCGCCUUCUGACGUUGAUUGCAGUGACCUUCAGUAUGAGUAUAGUCUGCAAGCAUCUUCGGCAUGCAAUUGGAAACUAGCAAUGGAUGUGUCAAAGUCAAUCGCCCAGACACUAGGGCAUGGAAAACAAAUCGGCCUCAGUGAGGGCUUCCCAAACAGCUGUCUCAUAACACUACCAGGUUUCGUGAUUAUUCGCAAAACCAUACCCCUCAGCGUAAAGAAGACCUCGAUUUGGUACGAUGUUUUCAAAAGUAGCCGAGCGGGACCGGAAGCUUCCAAGUUGGUUGACGAGAUACUGGAGAAAGCUUUGGAGAUGGACAAGAAAAUCGCUGUCACACUGUCAAACAGCGAGCAUAACAUCUCUUCCAAGGGAAAUCUCUGGGAUAGAGUACGAAGAGCUACCGUCUCUCAUUAUGAGCGCGAGCAAGCUCAGGGAGAAGAGAUUUGGCCAACACACAAAUCAGCAUCCAGUAAUGAUCAAGGGAGUCAAGAUGAUAUAUUGUUCUGUGCGAGAUUGCAAAGUUGCGGGAAGAUGGGGCCAUUGAAGGAUAUUGAGGCUUUGUACUAG